AUCAGCCUUCUCCUGCUGAAGACCAUGACAAGGAGUAUGUGGGAUUUGCGACUUUGCCAAACCAGGUUCAUCGCAAAUCUGUGAAGAAGGGCUUUGACUUCACUUUAAUGGUUGCAGGAGAGUCAGGUUUGGGAAAGUCCACCCUGGUCAACAGUCUGUUCCUGACAGAUCUCUACAAAGACAGAAAUCUGCUCAAUGCUGAAGAGAGGAUCACGCAGACGGUGGAGAUCACCAAACACACGGUGGACAUCGAGGAGAAGGGCGUCCGGCUGAAGCUCACUAUCGUGGACACACCAGGAUUCGGGGACGCUGUCAAUAACACUGAAUGCUGGAAGUCGGUGGCAGACUACAUCGACCAGCAGUUUGAGCAGUACUUCAGAGACGAGAGCGGCCUGAACCGCAAGAACAUCCAGGAUAACCGCGUGCACUGCUGCCUGUACUUCAUCUCGCCCUUCGGUCACGGGUUAAGGCCUCUGGAUGUGGAGUUUAUGAAGGCUCUUCAUGAGAAGGUCAACAUUGUUCCUGUACUAGCUAAAGCCGACACACUCACCCCAACGGAGGUCAAGAGAAAGAAAAUCAAGAUCCGAGAGGAGAUCGAACAGUACGGGAUAAAGAUCUACCAGUUUCCAGACUGUGAUUCAGACGAGGAUGAGGACUUCAAACAGCAAGACCAAGAGCUCAAGGACAGCUUUCCCUUCGCUGUGAUCGGCAGUAACACCGUCGUGGAAGCCAAGGGCAAGAGGGUUCGAGGACGUCUGUACCCCUGGGGAAUAGUGGAAGUGGAGAACCCAGCGCACUGUGACUUCGUGAAGCUGAGGAACAUGUUGGUCCGGACACACAUGCAGGAUCUGAAGGACGUGACCCGGGAAACACACUACGAGAACUACAGAGCACACUGCAUCCAGAGCAUGACCCGCAUGGUGGUGAAGGAGCGCAACCGCAACAAACUGACCAGGGAGAGCGGCACAGACUUCCCCAUUCCCAUGGUGCCCGGCGCCACCGAGACGGAGAAGCUGAUCCGUGAGAAAGACGAGGAGCUGAGGCGGAUGCAGGAGAUGCUGCAGAAGAUCCAGGAGCAGAUGCACACGCAGCGAGAGGCGUAUUAACACGCGUGUGCUGAUCUGAAGACACGGAGAAACACCACGGUAUCAGCUGCCAGAGUGAGCCGAUCACACACGGCUUCACCGGUCUCGGCACAUUUCACCCCAAAAUAAACAUU